CCUCUGUGACGGGAAGCGCCCAGCUGGCUGGAGCCCACGGUCCUCUUGGGACUUUCCCGGUAAAUGGGCCCCAGAGUCGGGGUGCCUGGGCCAGGGGACCCCGAGUAGGGGGCGAAGAGCCCCCAGGGAGCCAGGCGGAGAAGGUAAAUCCCUGGAGCAGGUGUGCCCCCCAUCCUUACCCCCACGAGGCCACCGGGGACAGGUUUUCCGUAGGGCCCCAGGCCCCGCCCCUCGGAGAGGGCCGAACCGCCGCGAGAGGGCUGCCGGUGGCGGGGGGAGCAGAACGGGGUCCGCUCGGGCCUCUCUCCCCCACCCGCGAGGCCGAGGGGGGCCGAGUUGCGGGACCCCGCCCCCCCUCCCCGCCGGUCCCGGGCCGCUGCGCAUCCCCGGCCGCAGCCGGCACGGCGGCGGGAGCGCGCGGGGCGGGGCCCUCGGCGGAAAAUCAAACCGGGCUGGCGGCCUCUCAGCCAAUCCGGGAGCAGACGGGCCGGCUUCGGCCAAUGGCCGCCGCGAAUGCUAAUGAGCGCUGACGCCACGAGGAGGGUCCAUUCAAAAAGUCGCAGCUAUUGUCGCGGCGCGUUGCGCGCGCCGGCCGGGCCCCGCCGUCGGGCCGCGCGGGGACGGAGCCGAGGACCGAGCCGGGGACUGAGCCCGGCGGCGGCCGCCCAUGGCCGGAGCCGCGAUGGCCGAGCCGGGCCGCGGGCCCCCCGCCGCGCCCGCGCCGGGCACCGAGGGGCUGCCGCGCGCCUUCCUGCAGAGCCUGCGCACCCUCUUCGACAUCCUGGACGACCGGCGGCGCGGCUGCGUGCACCUGCGCGAGAUCGAGUCCCGCUGGCAGGGCGCUGACGCGCGCGAGUUACCCCGCGGCGUGCUCGAGGGCCUGCGCCAGGUGGCCCCGGCCAGCGGCUACCUGACCUUCGAGCGCUUCGUGGCUGGCCUGCGCACCUCGCUGCCGAGCGCCGACGGCGGCCCGCGGGGCCAGGCCCGCGCCCCGGCCCGGGAAGGCUGCCCCGCGCGGCCCGGGGUUCAGCAGCCGCCGCCGCCGCCGCGCCUGGUGUUCGCGCCGGCCGACGAGCCGCGGACCGUCCUGGAGAGGAAGCCCCUACCCCUGGGCUCGCGGCCUCCGCCGACCGUCCCCGGCGGCGCGGCCCGCAGCCUGGAGAAGCUGUGCGGGCCAGCAGAGGCAGCGCCCGGUUCCGCGGAGCCCGAGCGGCCCCAGGGCGCGGCGCUGGAGCGCAGCCCGAGCGCGGACUCUGGUGCACUGGCCUGCAGGCCCCAGGAGCUUGGCCCGGGCGAUGCCCAUCGGGCCCCCCGUGCCCGAGGGGAACGUCGCAGACACACCAUCACCAGCGGUGUGGACUGUGACCUGCUGAAGCAGAUGCGGGAGCUGGAGCAGGAGAAGGAGGUGCUGCUGCAGGGUCUCGAGUUGAUGGCGCGGGGCCGUGACUGGUACGGGCAACAGCUGCAGCGCGUGCAGGAGUGCCAGCGCCGUCUGGGCCAGAGCAGGGCCAGCGCCGACUUUGGCAGUGAGGGGAGCCCCCUCCCACUGGGCCGGCUGCUACCCAAGGUACAGGAGGUGGCCCGGCGCCUGGGGGAGCUGCUGGCUGCAGCCUGCGCGGGCAGGGCUCUGCCCUCGUUGUCCUCGGGGCCCCCGGGCCCGGCCCCGGCCCCCGCCUCGCCCUCAGCCCCAGGCUGGCAGCAGCAGACCAUCCUCAUGCUGAAAGAGCAGAACCGGCUCCUCACGCAGGAGGUGACCAGCAAGAGUGAGCGUAUCACACGACUGGAGCAGGAGAAAUCUGCCCUCAUCAAGCAGCUGUUCGAGGCGCGCGCCCUCAGCCAGCAGGAUGCCGGGCCCUUGGACUCCACCUUCAUCUAGCUGGCCGUGGGCAUGGACACAGCCCUUAGGGCCUGGCCUGGCCGUCAGCCCAGGCAGGUACCUCUUUGAGCCCCUCUUAGGCUGAAGACCACCUGACUGGCCUGGACACAGGUUUCUCCCUCUCUUGCAUUCUGGGCUCCCCCAGGCCCCCCAGACCCCGUCAGCCCCAGGUGGAGCCAGCGGGUGGGCUGUGGGCCAGAAUGUGCCGUGGCCCCGGACACGGACUGGGUCCCAGCCUUCAUUGUGCUGACAUAGCGUGAAGCUGCUGCUGCUGCCGUCAGUGGACAGUGGGGGGCCCCCCAUGUCUACCAGAUCUCAGGCAGCUCUGGGCAGGCGGGGUUUACGCUGGCCUGUCCUCUCCGACCUGGGGUCUCCAGGGAAAGGUACUGGACCCACUAGGCUGCACUUCCGGCUGCGGCCAGCAGAGGGUGCUCGUGCACGACAGCCAGAGCCGCCUGGCAGCGGCCACUGCGAGGUCUCCCCUGGGGAGGGCUCUGUCCCCACGAGAGAUGUCAGCAUGGGCCCCCCAGGGGUGCCCCCCAAGGUUCCUUGUAGCCCACACACCCACACCGGGGCCUGCCCCACAUGAUUCAAGGUUCCCAGGUAUAGGAACCCCCCACACCCUCCCUGUCCCCCCCCCAGCUCGGUGUCAGACUUGGGCCGGUUCAGCCACAGAGCAGGAAAGCCACCGGGUCCAGGAAGAGACGAGGCAGGGUCCUUGUCAGGGACAACUCCCCACCCCUGCACCAGGCCUCCCCCGAAGGGGGAGCCUCCACCCCACAGGGACUUGCCUCCCACACCGAGGACAUGACAUCACUGUUGGGUUGUGCGGUGGGGGGGCCCCAGGCAUGGGGCGUGAGACCCCAUCAACCAGGAGAGUUUGGGCACGUAGACUCCCACAGCCCUGGAGGGUGCCGGCGGCAGAGGAGGGGUCCGGGGUGAGGGUGGCUGGCUGCCCCCUGUCGGCCCCAGCUCUGAGUUCCCCACGCUGGGCUUGCAGACGGUGAGGGGGAUUGUCCUGGGUCAGGCCCAAAUCUGCGCAGCAUGCAAGCUGCCCUCCUCGGAGGGUGGGGUGGGCUCUUCUGGAGAGCCCAAGAACCCCCAGGUCUAGACCCACGCAGGCUCUGUGGGAGGGGAGCCAAGAGAGGAAUGGGUCUUGAAGAGAAGACAGGGCCCCCAGCACCCACUGGGACAUGCAGAGCAGUGCCACCCUGGAGAAAUCCUCCCAAUUGACAGUUUGGGACCUACCCACCAGGAGUUCUUGGAUCUGCUCUCCCCCACUUCCGUCCCACGUCCUCCACACCUGACCCUGAGCCCACCCUCUCACUGGGAGUCUCUGCUCACAGGUUCUCCAAACGCAACCCGUGACAUUUCCAAAACUGAAAACUGUACCCCGCCCCCCAACCCACUCUUGAUCCUCCUGUGACCCUAUUGCUCAGGGCAGCCCCUGGGCUGAGCCUCUACAGCCUUUCCCAGGUCCUGCCAGGAGCUGGGCUGCAGCCGGACGGCCAGCCUCCUACCUCUGGUCUUUGCAAAUGGUGUUCCAUCUGCUAGAACACCCCCUCCCCGCUUCACCUUGCUCACCCCUACCCAGCCCUCCACGACAGAGCGAAGGAAUCUGAGGAAGCCAUUACAGUGAGGAGGCAGCCGUGUCCCCUGGGGUGUCUGCCCCGCCUGGAGGUUCUGCAUUCCCUCUGCUGUCUUCACAUGAGACAACACGGUGUCCGCCCCAGCUGUCUUUCACCAGGAGACCUUCCUCAGGAAGCGCCACCUCACUGCAAGAUGAGCUGGCUACAUGGAAGGCAACUCAGGGAUAGAACCCCCCUCGUCCUCGGUGCUCUACCCAGGCUGUAAACACAUGUCCUCUUUGUUUGCAGUCUGAAACCAGGCUACCUGUGGGCCCUAGACACCUCCAGGGAAGAAGUUUAAGUGGCCCCAGGUUGGCAGGUCCCGGUCAGGUGGCAGAAGCAGACCCAUCCUCUGCAAAGCACUAGUGACAUUUGGGGCUAAGUCAGGGGCGGGGGGUGCUGUCUUACGGUGUGAAGUUGAUGUUCACACCCUCAGUUGUGACAACUAAAAUGUCUCAAGAGGUUGCCAGAUGUCCCAGGAGUGGUGGUGGUAGAAACAUCGUCCCUGAUUGAGAAUCACUGCCCCAGUGAUUUCAUGUAGGUCAAGUCCCAAGGAAAAUGAGCACCUCUACGUUAAAAAGCUUCUUCACACACACCAGGAGUGCACCCACCACGACAGCCAGCAGAAAGAACAGAUUCCGCAAAAAUUUAAGAUAUUGGAAUUAUCAGAGAAUAUACAAUAACUUUUAUAUGUCUGAAGAAAUAAAAGAUUCUUGAAAAUAUAAACAAGGAAUAGUCUUUAUAGUUUCUUAUUCUGUGAAAGCAUAAGCUUUUGGUCUAUAAAGAUGAGCAAUAAAGCAUGAAAAAGCAAACAACCUAUAGAAAUAAAAUGGAAAUGAGAACCUCAAAUGGACUAAGCUUCCGAUGAAAAUUUUCAGCUGCAGAGUUAGUGAACCAGAAGAGCUUAGGAAGUGAUCCAGAACACAGCCCAGAGUCAGAACAAGAGGCGAGGGUCACUCAUCUGGUUGCAUUUCCUAGAAGAGGACAAGGAAGGGGGAGCUAUAUGAUGAUAAACUGGCUUUAAGUUUCCCCGAAUUGUCUGAAAACCUCCGUUCUCUGAUCCAGAAAUCCCAGCAAAUGCCAGCCAGGCUGAAUAGGAAGAAAGGCACAUUCUCACAAGAUCAUGAAAGAAUCCAGGGAGGAAAGCAGUUGCCUACCAGGGAGCUCAUCAGAGGCCCGGGGGAGAGGAAGGCGACGGCCAAGACAAUGUAACCACCAACACACAAGGCCAGACCCAGGGAAACCCUUUCAAGAAUGAGGGUAAUAUAAAUAAAAACAUUUCCUCCCCCCACACCCCGAAAUACCACCCACAGGACUUCACUAAAGAAAAUUCUGGAGGAAGGACUUCAGAAAAAAGGCAGAAGUCAAGAAGGAGCCCUAAAUAAGGAUGAGCUAUAUCUACUGCUGCAGAAUGAAUUAACUUGAGGCGCAGUGGUUUAAAGCAAUAGGUCUUUUCUUGCUGUUUCUGUGGGUGAGGAGCUCGGGAGCAGUCGCACUGGACGGUCCGGCUUGGAAUGUCCUGUGGCCGCAGGUGAGGUGUCUGCUGGGGCCACUGUCUCCAAAGGGCCGGCUUCCAAAAUGGCGCCCUCACGAGGCAGCUGGUAGAGCACCUGGAUUCCUUGUCUCCGUGUCCUCGCAGCGCUCCAUCUGCUUCCCCUAGAGCAGAUGACCCGAGAGCGCCUCUGCGAGGACCUUGGCUCAGGAGUCACUGAGUCACAACGUCACCUCUUUCUUACCUCUGAUGCUUAGAAGCCAGUCCUCAGUCCAGUCCUUUCUCAAGGGGUGUAGGAGGGGAAUCAGGCACCACCUUUUCAAGGAAGGAGAAUCAAAUAAUCUGUGGACGUAUUUUAAAGCCAAUCAAAAUACAUCAUUAAGUCUAAGCCAACAUGGACUAUAUACACAAGAGUAGUAAUAAUAGUAAUCGUGCUAAUGGGGGGACCCAGGAGAGAACUGAGAUCAUGUAGAAAGGGCACGCAGGUAGGGGAGCCUGGAGCUGAGGCAUUCUUAGUGCUCGAAUUGUUCACAAGAAGGGAAAAGAUACUCACUUUAGAUUUCGUUAAGUAUGUAUAUUAGGGGCGCCUGGGUGGCUCAGUCGGUUAAGCGACUGCCUUCGGCUCAGGUCAUGAUCCUGGAGUCCCGGGAUCGAGUCCCGCAUCGGGCUCCCUGCUCGGCGGGGGGUCUGCUUCUCCCUCUGACCCUAACCCCUCUCAUAUGCUCUCUCUCAUUCUCUCUCUCUCAAAUAAAUAAAUAAAAUCUUUAAAAAAAAAGUAUGUAUAUUAAAAUAACUAGGAGAGUCAGGUAAAAUAGUGAUUAUCCAGCAUACACCUUCCCAAGAACGGAGGGGCAGGUGCACAGGGUAAGAAGAGGAAAAAGUUCAGUCUUAGAGAAAAACACAAUAAGGUGAUGGAGAUAUGUUGGUAAUCACAAUGUAUGUGAGUGGACUCAACUCUAGUUUAUUUUUUUUUUAAUUUAAAUUCAAUUAACACAGUGUAUUAUUGGUUUCAGCAGUAGAGGUCAGUGAUUCAUCAGUUGCAUAUAAUACCCAGUGCUCAUGACGUCAUAUGCCCUCUUAAUGCCCAUCACCUGGUUACCCCAUCCCCCACCCACCUCCCCUCUGGCAACCCUCAGUUUGUUUCCUUUUUUUUUUUUUUAAAGAUUUUAUUUAUUCAUUUAUUUGACAGAGAGAGAACAAGCAGGGGGAGCGGUAGAGGCAGAGGGAGAAGCAAGCUCCCCGCUGAGCAGGGAGCCUAAUUCAGGGCUCGAUCCCAGGACCCCAGGAUCACGACCUGAGCCAAAGGCAGACGCUUCACCAACUGAGCCAUGCAGGCGUCCCCAUUUUCAACUUCCGGAGGAACCUCCAUACUGUUUUCCAGAGUGGCUGCACCAGCUUGCAUUCCCACCAACAGUGUAGGAGGGUUCCCCUUUCUCCGCAUCCUCGCUAACGUCUGUCGUUUCCUGACUUGUUAAUUUUGGCCGUUCUGACAGGUGUGAGGUGGUAUCUCAUUGUGGUUUUGGUUUCUAUUUCUCUGAUGCCGAGCGAUGUUGAGCAUUUUUUCAUGCGUCUGUUGGCCAUUUGGAUGUCUUCUUUGGAAAAAUGUCUGUUCGUGUCUUCUGCCCAUUUCUUCACUGGAUUCUUUGUUCUUUGGGUGGUGAGUUUGGUAAGUUCUUUAUAGAUUUUGGAUACUAGCCCUUUAUCUGAUAUGUCAUUUGCAAAUAUCUUCUCCCAUUCUGUUGGUUGUCUUUUGGUUUUGUUGACUGUUUCUUUUGCUAUGCAAAAGCUUUUUAUCUUGAUGAAGUCCCAAUAGUUCAUUUUUGCCCUUGCUUCCUUGCCUUUGGAGAUGUAUCUAGCAGGAAGUUGCUGCAACUAAGGUCAAAGAGGUUGCUACCUGUGUUCUCCUCGAGGAUUUUGAUGGAUUCCUGUCUCACAUUGAGGUCUUUCAACCAUUUGGAGUCUAUUUUUGUGUGUGGUGUAAGAAAAUGG